AUGCGGUUUAUUUUCGUGUGUGCUCUCUUAGGAGUAUUUGUUUCGCAUUUUAUAGGCGCUGUCGUUUUCAGAUUUACAAACUUUGUGUGUAUGAGCUACAACGAAUCGUGGUUUAAAGUCCACCAAUGUCGCCUCAAGGCCAUUAGUCGGGAGAAUGUGAUCUUAAAUAUGAACGGAACAAUUCUUCAUGCAGUCAAUACUAUCCAUCUCCAAUACAUAAUGUUAAAAAAGGCAAAUGGCUUUAAACCUUGGCUCGUGGACAGCAGAAUGGAUGUAUGCCGUUUUCUGCGAUCCAACUAUGACCCUACCUUCAAAAUCAUCUUCAAUCUUUUUAAGGAUUUUACCAAUGCAAAUCACACAUGUCCCUAUUCGGGUCCGGUGAUUGUAAAGGGAUUUUAUCUAAGACCUGAAUUAUUAAUUCUCCCGUUUCCAACUGGCGAAUAUAUGCUGUCGUUAAGAUGGUCUUAUGAUCACAGACAUCAAAUUGAUACCAAUAUCAGUUUUUUGUUCGUUGAGGAUAUGAAGAAAACCUAAAAUACUUUUCACAAUCAAAAAAAUUA